GUGCUUUGACUACCCAGGGCGGGCCUGGUCGGGAUAGAUUCCAGGUAACAAUAACUUCAUCACUGCAGGAAUGUGAAUAGAUAAUUAUAGCAGGUCCUGCUGCCUCAGGACUUUUAGCAUAUGCCGUUCGGCUUCCUAGGACACGCUCCGUGGCCUCUUCGUCCAGUUAAGCCCUGAACUCUUAAAGAGCCUACUGUGUGCUGAGAACCAGACCGGACCCCUGCUCUCGCUGGGUUCUCAGGCUAACGGAGGUGGCUACUCAGGAUGGUCAGGGGUCCGGGUGCCAGACAAGAUACAGGAAGCCCAGGUAAAUGUGGAUUUCAGAUAAACAACGAAUAACGUUUUGGGAUAACGGUGUCCUGUGUACUUUUUUCGGUCAUGCCAAAUAUUACCCGUUUAUCUGAAAUUCACAUUUAACUGGGAGGACUGUAUUUUUAUUUGCUAAACUUGGCAACUCUGUAUAUCCUCUCUGAGGAGGUAACACUCUGAUGUAUACUUUGUGACAGAUGGAGCAGGGAGAUGGCGAAUGUCAUGGUUCGUUUGUCCCACUUUUGCGAAUGAAAAAGUUGAGCAGGGCGGGGCAUGGGGGCAUUAGAAGUCUAGCCUGUCCCACCGAUUCUUCCCAAAGUUCAGUUGCACCACCCGCCCGCUCCGUCCAAGAACCAGAGGAUUAGCCGUGCGAAAGCGCGCGUAGACACACAGCCCAGCCAGUGUCGGGAAUUCAACAGCGUUUUAUUCCGCGAUUCAACGUUGUCUCGGGUUUACCAGAAAGUAAUCUCCGAGACUCCCCUCUGUGACUUUCGGGGAGCCAGAGACAGACUGGACGCUCAGCUCUGCGGGUACAGGCCGGGAUCAGAGAAGCCCAGAGAGAAUAGAGGGUUGUGCUGGAGGUGCCCGGAAGGCUUCCUGGAGGAAGGGAACGUUGGACCUAGGCUCGAAGGAUGAGUUUGUCGAAUGAAGAACGGGAUCCGAGACGGUGGGGAUGGCAGGCGGGAAAGCAGGGAGGGGCGAGAAACUGGUGAGCUCCAGGAAGACAAGUAGGAACUUCCCAGAAGUUUGAACAAGAUUUUACCAGGGCCAGAUUUUGCGUGGGUGCCCCGGAACUCAACCAUCCCGGCCUCUGACCUCACCUAAAGCUACGGAGAGGCCGGAUGGAAACUCCCACAACCCUGUGCGGAGCCCUGUCCUUCCUCCCGCCCUUCAUUUCCUGUGUCUGGAAUCCCCGCAGCUCUAGAUCCUAAAAGCUCCGUCUAAUGUUGCUGGGGGAACUCCGUAUAGCUGCACCGGGUGUGCAGCCCCCUACCUCGUCCCUGGCACCAGCCAAUAGAAACAAAGACCUUCAGUCGGUGGGCGGUACGUCUUCCAUGGGGCCCAAUGAUAACCGAAAGUCGUUGAGCAUUUUGCCAGUGAUGCCCGGAGUGGGCGGGGCUUCCCUCUGGACUCGAAGCCGCUCAGGCAAAGCUGGCUGACGGGUCGCUGGGUGUGAAUCCAUGUGGCGGCGACUUUGGACGCUGGUAGCCCCGGCGGCACGUGCGCCUCGCAGAUCUUGCAGCCGUCUGGGCAGUGGCGGCCCGGCCCCCAGCUGUGGGGCCACUGUCUUCGCGCUGAGCUCCGGCCAAGGCCGCUGCGGCAUCGCGGUGAUCCGGACCAGCGGCCCCGCCAGCAGCCAGGCCCUCCGGAGCCUCACGGCGCCCCGGGCCCUGCCCCCGGCUCGCAGCGCCUGUCUGCGGGUGCUCUACGAUCCCCGCUCCGGGGAGCCCUUGGACCGCGCGCUGGUGCUCUGGUUCCCAGGUCCCCAAAGUUUCACAGGUGAGGAUUGCGCAGAGUUCCACGUGCAUGGAGGCCCGGCGGUGGUGAGUGGCGUCCUGCAGGCUCUGGGCAGUGUUCCUGGGUUGCGGCCUGCGGAGGCGGGCGAGUUCACUAGGAGGGCAUUUGCCCACGGGAAGCUGAGCCUGACGGAGGUGGAGGGGCUGGCGGAUCUGAUCCAUGCGGAAACUGAAGCACAGAGGCGGCAGGCCUUGAGGCAGCUGGACGGGGAACUGGGCCACCUCUGCCGUGUCUGGGCUGAGACCCUCACUAAGGCUCUGGCCCAUGUGGAGGCCUAUAUCGACUUUGGUGAGGAUGACAACCUGGAGGAGGGCGUCCUGGAGCAAGCUGACACUAAAGUGCGGCGACUUGAGGUGGUACUGGGUGCACAUCUUCGAGAUGCUAGGCGCGGGCAGAGGCUUCGCUCAGGGGUUCAUGUUGUGGUCACGGGACCCCCCAACGCUGGCAAGAGCAGCCUGGUGAACCUGCUCAGCCGAAAGCCUGUGUCCAUCGUGUCCCCAGAGCCAGGGACCACCCGUGACGUGCUGGAGACCCCCGUGGACCUGGCUGGAUUCCCUGCACUGCUGAGCGACACUGCUGGGUUGCGGGAGGGCGUGGGGCAGGUGGAGCAAGAGGGCAUUCUGCGUGCCCGCAAGAGGCUGGAGCAGGCUGAUGUCAUUCUGGCAGUGUUGGACGCCUCUGACCUAGCAUCUCCAUCCAGCUGCAACUUUCUGGACACCGUUGUGGCUCCCGCAGGAGUCCAAAGCCCCAGUGGGAACAGCCAGCGCCUCCUGCUGGUGCUGAACAAGUCAGACCUCCUGCCCCCUGGGGGUCUGGACCACCGUCCUGACCUGAGCCCUCACCUGCUGCUCUCCUGCCUGACUGGGGAGGGACUAGAUGGCUUGCUGGAGGUCCUGAGGAAGGAGCUGGCUGCAGUGUGCGGGGACCCAUCCACAGGCCCACCACUUCUGACACGCGCAAGGCACCAGCAUCACCUCCAGAGCUGCCUGGAUGCCCUUGGCCACUACAGGCAGGCCAAAGACCUGGCCCUGGCAGCUGAGGCACUCCGCAUUGCCCGGAGGCACCUGGCCUGCCUCACCGGUAAAGGGGGCACUGAUGAGAUCCUGAACAUCAUUUUCCGUGACUUCUGCGUGGGAAAGUGAGGGAACCACUGAAGAACUUGACCCCAAAACAAUGAAGUCAGAUGGCUGCCUUUGGGGGUAGUGAGCUUCCUGUUGCUUGUGGUAACCAAGCUAGAACUGGCUAGAUUGUCUUUCAUGGGCACUCAGGGGUGUGGUUAGGUGGGGAUGUCAGGCCUGGAGUGGGGUUGAGCAGAGGUACCUUUGGGCUUCCACUACUGAGAGAAUAGGAGUGGAGGGUCCAGGAUGGAGGUUGGAUGGCCUCAGCAGUCUUUCUUUCAUAGCCCAUAAUUUAUUUUGCAAAUACCAAAGGAAUAUAAAAAACUCAGGCAAUCCAGAAAUGUUCAAGCAGGAAAUCUCCACUUCCUGGCAUCACAGCAAAACUUGUGUCCUUCCAGAAGUUUCUCUGCAUGUUUGCAUACCUGUGGAUGUGCUUUCAAAAUACAUGUUUUAUCUUACAUUUUGUACAUAAAUUGUGUGUGUAUUGCUCUGUAAGUUGUCAUUCCUUUUUUAGUAUAAAUCUUGAAACUUU